UACACUUUGUUCAUACGACACAAACUUGGGAAGCCUGUUUUUACGAACAAUCCAUGCUCGUUCUUGAAUGCUUUCUACUUCUUCAGCACUAUUGUGUCAAGGUAUGUGAAUAAGAUUUCCUGUGCAACGAAUAAGUCCACGCCCAACUAUGUGGCGCGUCGCCUUCGUCUUAUAGAUAAGAUUGAAAAUUUCGUAAAGGAGAACAGUGAAUCGCCUCUGUUAAAUCCGCUUUUCAUUCCGAUGUUGUUACUCUUGCAUGGCGAAUUAACAGCUACUGAUCCAGAGAAAUUUACAAAAGUUGUAUUAGAGAGCGCGGCGAUGCCCCUUGGUCUCAAAAUUGCAUGGUGUGUAAACCUCUUGAGCUCGCCUAAGAUGAAGGAAGCCUUCCAUUUUCUAUUUCAGCAGAGCGUUGGUAUGGAUCGUUUACAGUUCGUUGGGCUUGGUCGCCAUCCGGACUCACUGCAUGUUCUAUCUGAAUUUCUGUAUGCAACCCAGGAUUGUCAGGUGUUCUCCCAUCUUGUCGUUGCUGGCGGGUGUUUAGAAGAGGACAAUCCUGUAGUUGACGAGAGUGAAUCAGACGAUUGCUCCAAGUCUGACAUCGAUAUGGAAAGCCUGAAAGGUCCAUCUGCUAUCGACAUCCCGUCUCUAUUCACUAUGUUUCCCACAAGUCACCUACACGUCACUAGGGAUAUGCCAGAUUUCUUGCACCUUGCUCGAGCCGAAUUGUGCCGGUACUCCUUCAUACUACAACGCAUGGAGCGGUUUUGCUUCCGGAGGAAGCUCUUAAAUCUAGUGCCACAGAUUUAUUGGCCGGAUUUUAAGACAACAGUUGACAUUUCCUGCACAUUCUGUGGUUCUAGUUACGAGGCAGCCUUACAUAAUGCUGAGUCGAUGAUAAAUGAUCAGAUCUCACAAGUAAGAUCGCGGCCGGCUGUCACAAGAACGGGUCCAAGCCGGUCCUCCGGUUCCGUCAGUAGUAACAUGGCUUCAAUGUCGUUCUCGUUAUCAUCAGUAGGACAGUCGGACUCGGAAUCGAGCACCAUGUCGGCAACGCCAACAGCUGAAUCCUAUUAUGAUUAUAAUGGAGUUGACGGUGGCACUGAAGCUGAGAACUUGCCAUAG